CUGCCGCCGCCCCGCCCUUGCCUCCAGUGCACAUUAAAGAGCCAACACCAUGACUGACUCCAACUAUUUCACAACCAAUAAAAAAGGAGAAAUCUUGGAAUUAAAGGCUGAACUCAUCAAUGAAAAGAAAGAAAAGCGGAAGGAGGCUGUGAAGAAAGUGAUUGCUGCUAUGACUGUGGGGAAGGAUGUUAGCUCUCUCUUUCCAGAUGUAGUGAACUGUAUGCAGACUGACAACCUGGAACUAAAGAAGCUGGUGUAUCUCUACUUGAUGAACUAUGGCAAGAGUCAGCCAGACAUGGCCAUUAUGGCUGUCAACAGCUUUGUGAAGGACUGUGAAGAUCCCAAUCCUCUGAUUCGGGCCUUGGCAGUUAGAACCAUGGGAUGCAUCGAAGUGGACAAGAUCACAGAAUAUCUCUAUGAGCCCCUCCGAAAGUGCUUGAAGGAUGAAGAUCCCUAUGGGAAAACAGCAGCAGUCUGCGUGGCAAAACUCCAUGAUAUCAAUGCCCAAAUGGUGGAAGAUCAGGGAUUUCUGGAUUCUCUGCGGGAUCUCAUAGCAGAUUCAAAUCCAAUGGUGGUGGCUAAUGCUGUAGCAGCAUUAUCUGAAAUCAGUGAAUCUCACCCAAACAGCAACUUACUCGAUCUGAACCCACAGAACAUUAAUAAGCUGCUGACAGCCCUGAAUGAGUGUACUGAAUGGGGCCAGAUUUUCAUCCUGGACUGCCUGUCCAAUCAUAACCAAGAUGACCGGGAGGCUCAGAGCAUCUGUGAGCGGGUAACUCCCCGGCUAUCUCAUGCCAACUCAGCAGUGGUGCUUUCAGCAGUAAAAGUCCUAAUGAAAUUUCUAGAGUUGUUACCCAAGGACUCUGACUACUAUAAUAUGCUGCUAAAGAAGUUGGCCCCUCCACUUGUCACUUUGCUGUCUGGGGAGCCAGAGGUGCGGUAUGUCGCCCUGAGGAACAUCAACCUAACUGUUCAGAAAAGGCCUGAAAUCUUAAAGCAGGAAAUCAAAGUCUUCCUUGUGAAGUAUAAUGAUCCCAUCUAUGUUAAACUAGAGAAGCUGGACAUCAUGAUUCGUUUGGCAUCUCAAGCCAGUAUUGCUCAGGUUCUGGCAGAGCUGAAGGAAUAUGCCACGGAAGUGGAUGCUGACUUUGUUCGCAAAGCUGUGCGGGCCAUUGGACCGUGUGCCAUCAAGGUGGAGCAAUCUGCAGAACGUUGUGUGAGCACAUUGCUUGAUCUCAUCCAAACCAAAGUAAAUUAUGUGGUCCAAGAGGCGAUAGUUGUCAUCAGGGACAUCUUCUGCAAGUAUCCCAACAAGUAUGAAAGCAUCAUUGCCACGCUGUGUGAGAACUUAGACUCGCUGGAUGAGCCAGAUGCGUGAGCAGCUAUGAUUUGGAUUGUGGGCGAAUAUGCUGAACGAAUUGACAAUGCAGAUGAAUUACUAGAGAGUUUCCUGGAGGGUUUUCAUGAUGAGAGCACCCAAGUGCAGCUCACUCUGCUCACUGCCAUAGUGAAGCUGUUUCUCAAGAAACCAUCAGAAACACAGGAGCUGGUACAGCAGGUCUUGAGUUUGGCAACACAGGAUUCUGAUAAUCCUGACCUUUGAGAUAGGGGCUAUAUUUAUUGGUGGCUUCUCUCAACUGACCCUGUCACAGCCAAAGAAGUAGUCUUGUCUGAGAAGCCACUGAUCUCUGAGUAGACAGAUCUUAUUGAGCCAACUCUGCUGGAUGAGCUAAUCUGCCACAUUGGUUCUUUGGCCUCUGUGUACCACAAGCCUCCCAAUGCUUCUGUGGAAGGAAGUCACGGAAUCCAUCGCAAACACUUGCCAAUACAUCAUGGAAGCACUGAUGCAGGUGACAGCCCUGUUGGCACCACCACUGCCACCAACCUGGAACAGACUCAGGUUAUUCCCUCUCAAGGUGACCUUGAUCUCGGUCCACCAGUCAAUGUGCCACAGGUAACCUCCAUGCAGGUGGGAGCAGUGGAUCUCUUGGGAGGAAGACUAGAUAGUCUGGUGGGACAAUCCUUCAUUCCAUCAUCAGUGCCUGCAACCUUUGCUCCUUCACCUACUCUUGCUGUGGUCAGCAGUUGUCUGAAUGAUCUAUUUGAACUCUCUACGGGGAUAGACAUGGUACAUGGUGGAUAUGUGGCUCCUAAGGCUGUCUGGCUGCCUGCAGUAAAGGCCAAAGGCUUGGAGAUUUCUGGAACAUUUACUCAUUGUCAGGGGCACAUCUAUAUGGAAAUGAACUUCACCAACAAAGCUCUGCAGCAUAUGGCAGACUUUGCAAUCCAGUUUAACAAGAAUAGCUUUGGCGUCACCCCCAGCACUCCUCUGGCCAUCCAUACACCACUGAUGCCAAAUCAGAGCAUUGAUGUCUCCCUGCCUCUCAACACCUUGGGUCCAGUCAUGAAGAUGGAACCUCUGAAUAACCUACAGGUAGCUGUGAAAAACAAUAUUGAUGUCUUCUACUUCAGCUGCCUCAUCCCACUCAAUGUGCUUUUUGUAGAAGAUGGCAAAAUGGAGUGCCAGGUCUUUCUUGCAACAUGGAAGGGUAUUCCCAGUGAAAAUGAACUUCAGUUUCAGAUUAAGGAAUGUCAUUUAAAUGCUGACACUAUUUCCAGCAAGUUGCAAAACAACAACGUUUAUACUAUUGCCAAGAGGAAUGUGGAAGGGCAGGACAUGCUGUACCAAUCUCUGAAGCUCACUAAUGGCAUUUGGAUCUUGGCUGAGCUACGUAUCCAGCAUGGAAACCCCAAUUAUACACUGUCGCUGAAGUGUAGAGCUCCUGAAGUCUCUCAGUACAUUUAUCAGGUCUACGACAGCAUUUUGAAAAACUAAUAGACUGCUCUGGUGCCCUCCGGCCACCCUGUGAUCAGUGCAAGCCAAGAACUCUUAACUAGAAGAAAUUGUUUUGCCGUGUAGAAGCUGAACCUAAAUACACUGAGG